AGAUGGAGAAAUAAUGUUAGAGAGAGAGAGAGAGAGAGAGAGAGCUUGAUCCGAGAACAUUAUUCAAUGGUGUUUCAAUCACUCAAUGUUUCAGUUUAGUUAAUUUUCUCUUAAUAAUUUUAAUUUUAAUCGUUAAUUUUAUUUUUAUUUUCUCUCAUUUUCAUUGACAGUUUUCAUUAAUUGUUCACCAAAUUUUCAUUCAUCAAACUGAAUUACCUUCGAGUACUCAUCUCCCAAUCUACUAUGUGUUCAAUGUACCUCGUGGUUUACAAUUCAGUCACAAAAUGAACAUCACAAUUAACCAUUACAUCAAUUACCGUUAUCUCACCAACAACAAUUCACUUCACUUGAAUCGUAACAAUCAAAGAAUUUUCUCUUCUCAUUUGGAUACAUAGACGUUGUAAAUUUGUCUCCAUUUUAAUUUGGUUUUAAUUUGAUUUUUUUAAUUCGCCAUUUGGAACAAUCAAAAAAUCAUCUUUUCUCUGUGACUCUUUUUUUUGUUUGUCAUUUGUUUAUAUUUACGAAAUUCAUUGUAAUCAUCAUGCUUGAAAUUGAUUCAACUGUUAUCGCCAUCGUUGUUUUUUCCUAUAUAAUUGCCUUUUUGGCCUUCGGUGUUGGUGCUAACGAUGUGGCCAAUUCUUUUGGUACCUCCGUGGGUUCGGGUGUUUUGACCAUACGACAAGCGUGUUUUUUGGCGACAAUCUUUGAGAUAUCAGGAGCUGCGCUUUUAGGUUACAAAGUGUCCGAAACUGUGAGACUUGGUGUUUUCAAUAUUGAGAUUUACAAGGAUGAAGAGAUAACUCUAAUGUUAGGUUAUCUUUCAGCAUUAAUUGGAGGUGCAAUUUGGAAUUUGGCUGCUACAUUUUUAGGUCUUCCAAUCUCUGGAACUCACAGUAUUAUCGGUGCUGUUCUUGGUUUCACAAUCGUUCCCAAAGGUUUCGACGGGAUGAGAUGGGAUAAUCUUCUCUGGGUCACCUCAUCUUGGAUUAUCUCACCUUUACUAUCUGGUGUCAUUUCAGUGAUUCUUUCAUUUUUCAUCAUCAAAUUAAUCACCGAAAAGCCUGAACCAUUGGAACCUGGUCUCAUGUCUUUACCCUUUUUCUAUGGAGCAACAAUUUUGGUCAAUUUGUUUACUAUUCUACAUGAUGGUCCAUCCUUCCUCUACCUGGACCAACUUACCUGGUGGGCUGCUCUUUUGAUUGCUUCUUUCUUUUCCAUUUCGGUGGCUCUUGUUGUUUGGUUUUUCGUGGUUCCAACUCAAAGAAAAACAAUUCAAGACGCUGCUAAUUUGGUGAAAAAAGAUUCAAUUUGCAAGGAAAAACAGCCAAUCGAUGAUACAAUUAGUACCGAGAAAACUAAUGGAACUGUUAUAGCAAUGGAAUCAAUGACACUUAAAUCCUCCAAUGAUGUGGAAUUGGGUAAAUUGGAGGAUGACAAUUGUCCAGUUAAUGAGAAGAUGAAUUCUAAUGGUGAAAUUUUAUCUUCGACAAUUAAGACUGAUUGUUACAAUUGCGAGAAACCAGAGGUUGCAGCUUUAUUUAAAUAUCUUCAAAUAUUAACAGCAUGUUUUGGAUCCUUUGCCCAUGGAGCCAAUGAUGUUAGUAAUGCGAUUGGUCCGUUAAUUGCUGUUGUUUUAAUUCAAAAUGAAGGGAAUGUCUUCCAACGAGGUCAAUCACCGUACUAUUUAAUGAUCUAUGGUGGAAUCGGUAUUUCCGUUGGCCUUAUUGUCUGGGGUAGUAAAGUAAUUAAAACUUUGGGCUCUGAUUUAACCACAAUUACACCAUCAACCGGAUUUACCAUUGAAAUUGGUUCCGCAGCAACGGUACUUUUAGCGUCUAAAGCGGGAAUACCGAUCAGUACGACCCAUUGUAAAGUAGGAUCAGUGGUCUGUGUUGGUGCCUUUAAAGCCCGUUUAAUGGGCUACAAUGAUCAACCCAAACAAUCAGUUGUGAAACUAUUUGGUAACAUUGCCAUGGCUUGGAUUCUAACGGUCCCAUUGACUGCGCUUUUCUCAGCCAUCUCGAUGUGGAUACUAAUCGCACUGGUGCCUUCUCAACCAAAGCCUGCAAAUAUGAGAUUUGGUCAAUUGGUUUUAGGACCUGCUGGUGCUGGUAAAUCAACAUACUGUUCGGCGGUUGCUAAACACUGUGAGGCAAAUCGUCGGAAAGCUCAUGUGGUUAAUCUUGACCCUGCGGCGGAAUCAUUUGAUUAUGAGCCGAUUAUUGAUAUUCGAGAGGUGAUUCAAGUUAAUGAACCGAUGGAAGAUGAAGAUUUACACCUUGGACCAAAUGGAGCAUUGAUCUAUUGUAUGGAACAAUUAAUGGAUAAUUUAGAUUGGCUCCAUGAAAGAUUGGAAGAAGGUGAUGAAGAAUACAUUUUAUUUGAUAUUCCAGGACAAAUUGAAUUGUUUACACAUUUUGAUUUGAUCGCUCGAUUGGUUAAAUUUCUUAAAGAUGAUCUUGACUUUCGACUGUGUGGUGUUUUUUUACUUGAUUCGCAAUUUGUUACCGAUUUAUCUAAAUUUUUCUCCGGUUCUUUUGCAUCUCUUUCAACGAUGAUCAAUCUCGAGGUUUCAUUUGUUAAUCUAUUAUCCAAGACUGAUCUUCUAAGUGAAACUCAACGAAAUGAACUUGAAUUUUUUUUCGACCUCGGGCCAGAAUUGUUACAGGGAGACGAUUUUUUAAACAGCGAAUGGGCCAAAAAGUAUCGACAAUUAACCAUGGCAAUGGCUUCGGUGCUUGAAGAAUACAGUUUGGUGAAAUUCAUGCCUUUCAGUGUAAAUGAAGAGGAAUUAAUUUCCGAUGUAUUAACUGUGGUCGAUGAUGUCCUUCAAUGGGCCGAGGAACAAGAUGUCAAAAUUGAUAAAUCAUUGAUAAUUGUUUCAAAUCCACUUAUUGGUCUCUGUAAAAUUGAUGAAACAAUGAAGCCUUUUGAAGAUUGUGAUAAAAACAAUGUCAAGAUAUCGACCUCUGAACCUGAUUCUAGUCGAGUUAAAGUAACCAAAGAAAAUGACGAAGUUGCCCUGAAGGUAAAUUCUACAAAUAAUUCCAAUACAGUUCUUGAUGUUAAUCCGAUCAAAACUAUAUCACCAACACCAACACCAUCAUCAUCUACAAAAUCAACGAUCGAUACAAUAGAAAAUACAAAAUCCAAUGUCACCUUUAGUAAAAGCAACAAUGGAGAGGGAAAAGACAAUCCAAUGGAAGCUUCUAAUGUCAAUGAUUCAGAAACUCGUGGCCGUAAAAUGACCUCCGUUAAUUUCUUACCCUGUGAUUGUAAACUUUGCGGAGAAAAAUUCAACUCCGACAAAGCCCUCGGUUAUCACAUACGAGAUGUUCACGUAGUUGGAAAAAAGGACAAAAAAGAUGGUGAAGCUAAUUGUAAAAAGAAACCAAAAGACUAUCAUUAUGUGAGAGGCAAAGAUUGGAAAGUAUUAAAUCCAAAGCGUCCUUAUUGUUGUUCAAUUUGUAGUAAACGAUUUCUCUAUGAGAGCAGUUUAAACCAUCAUAAAGUUGUCAAACACAAUGAAAAGAUUGACGGUGGAGGUGAAGAUGGAAAUAUAACAAGUUCCACCGGUGGUAAUAAUAAUAUUCCUCCGAAAAUUUAUAAUCACACCUUCCAAUGUGAUCAAUGUGGUAAAAUAUUAAUGUCAAAGCACAGUUUAAUUCGUCAUCUUGUCUCAUUUCAUGGUACCGAUCAUGAGAAACCUUUUCAAUGUGAUAUCUGUGGUCAACGAUAUGUGUCCAUCUCAUCGUUGGUCAGUCACCGGAGGAAAGAGCACACCGGAGAUAAACCUUACGUCUGUGAACACUGUGGCAAAGCAUUUACCAUGUCUAAUAGGCUUAAAUGUCACCUGAGAGUUCAUUCAGAUGAGAAAUUUUAUAAAUGUCAACAAUGUUCAAAACAAUUUAAAAGUUGUUCCGCUUUCAGGGCUCACAAAGAUACUCAUCUAGGAGUAAUGAGACAUACCUGUAAAUAUUGUGAGAGAAAAUUUCUAUUCCAAGGUAAUAUGAUAAAACAUAUUAGACGACGACAUCCAAAUGGUGACAAACUAAUCAGUGGAUCAAGUGGACUUAUCAACAAUUCAUCAAUACAAACUAAUGUAGAUAAUAUUGUAUUCACCUCUGAAAGUAAUCUACCUGUUUCCAAUGGUCAAACUACCGUUAACAAUGGGUCCAGUUUAAGUGAGAGUGGUAGUCAUGCUAUUCACCCUUCAGGAAUCACCGUUACCUCAACCAUGACAAUUAACUCAAUUCCAAAUAAUAAUAACCAUAACUUAACUACUUCUUCAAGCAAUAUAACCAAUUCAACUUCUCGUCGAUCCAAUAACAAUCAUCGUUAUCUCAAGACAAUUCAAACACCGGAUCAUUCGUAUUCUAAAGAAGUGACCGUUAAUGUCCAUUCUAAUAUGGAGCAACAACAGCAAAAUAUGCAAAGUCUUUCACCUUUGGAGCAAUUUGUCCAACCAGAGAUUCAAUUUCAAGUUUUACCACUUCCAUCAUUGCCCAAUCAGGAAAUAUUCAAUGGUAUCAACACUUACCAAUCAACUAAUCUUAAUCAAACUAAUUCAGUAACAACCACUGGGACUGGUGUUAAUAGUAACAGUGGACUAAAUCACCAAGGACAAUCGAUGGUUAAUCAGCGGAAAGAUUCACGAAUUGAUUUUUCUUCUUUACCGACCUCAGGAAAGUGUCGUCUAUGUGAUCAAUCAUUUUCCGAUGUUCGAUUUCACAUAACUGAUUUCCAUCGUAUUCCAAUUCAAAAAGUGGAAUCCAUGAUGCCCACAAUGAUUUACUUUUAAUUGUUCAAAAAGAAAACAACAACCAGUUGAUUUAUUAUCAAAGAAAUCGGGAAAAAAGAUUACAAUCAAAGGGAAAUUUAGAUUUGGAAUAUGAUUUAUAAAUCUAAUUAUCACCAAGAUUUGGUGAUGACUAUUUUCAUUUGAUUGGAUGAAGAUUCCCAAUUUUGGUUAAAUUGUUAAAUCUACUAGUUGUUGAUGAAUGUUUUUGGUGUAAACAACAAUCAAGAAUUGAUUUGAUUGUGAUCAUUGAUUAAUCUUAAAGUUAUAUGUUCACUUUGAACAUCUUUCAACCCACCGAGUUAUUAAAUUGUGCCAAGAAGUUUCUUGUCAACAAUUAAUUGUGAUAAUCAACAAGUAGACAACUAAUUAGUUGUGAGUAUAUUAAAUUUUAGGUCACUCAAUCUGUUUAAUUUAAACGGAAAGUUAUCAAAUUGUUGUACAAACAAAAAUAUUUCUUGUUAAAAAAGUACGUAUGUUAAAUCUGUGUGUUGAGUGUUGAUUAACAAUCAACUUAAUUUUCAGUUAAAAUUAUAAUUGUUAAUUUCUCUAUGUAUUCAAUUCCAGUGUACAAAACCUUUGGAUGACAAUUAAAAGUCACAAUUAAAAGAAAACAAUGUUUUAUUAAAGGUGAAAGAUGUUUAUUGA